ACACAAAACGAGUAGCAUAUACCCGCUAAUGAAUUGUCGGACGAGAGCAACAUGCCAAGGCACGAAAAGUCCGCUCGAGCCUCUGUGCAGUAAUUGGUGUAACUAUUACAUUAAUUAUGAUUUGUCUUUCUCCAAUGAGCUCUUCUCAAGUCAGCCUCAAAAUCUAGGAUGGACACGAGAGUGGUCGCUCUUCCAUUCAUCCAAAACGCUUAAGUAAGCUUCUCAAUUGAGUUCAUCUGAACCUAGAUAAAGGAGCUCGUGUUGAUAUGAAAUGCUUAUGUCAAAAUAGUUGACAUGCCAUUGUCCAGGUUUUGAGCGGUUCACCCAUACCAUGAAUCUGGGUCGCUCCUCAUCCUCCCAGAACACUUUUGUCUUCUUUGUCCCUCAAUCUUGCUCACCUACUGCCGACCCAUAUACUUUCGUUUCCGUCACUCGUUCUCAUGGUUUCCACGAUGUGGAAUCUGUUUACAUUCAUUUCGUUCAGCAUUUUGGCCUCUAUUGCCUCUGCUCAAAAUGAUGAGUGUUCAUGGACGUCUCUUGGAUGCUUUACACACGAAUCAGAUACCCCAGUCUUGCGAUAUGCUGUAGUUCCUUCUACAACCAGCGAUACAAACUUUGAGAACUGCGAAGCAGCAUGUGCAGCCCAGAACUAUCCCGUUUCUGGGGUUGAGGAUGGAUUCAAUUGCUGGUGUGAUGUUGCCGUUCAAGGUGGCGCAACGCCAAAAUCUGCUUCAUACUGCAAUUCGCCAUGCUAUGGAGACCCGUCGGAAAUUUGUGGAGGCUACACCUUUCUCAGCGUCUACGAGAAUACAUGCAUAGCCCCUUCGUCUUCGAUUCCUGCAUCAACGCCCUCAAGCACUUGGACCUGGGGAUGGACAAUAUCUCUGCCAUCAAGCUCAGCGUCUUCUUAUGCAUCGUCUAGAAACACAGCAUGCCUCACAACUUCGUCGGCGUUGUCUCUGUCAGGUCCUGCAACAUCCGUCCCAGGAUCGUCAAUUCCGGGUACCACUUUUACGGCACCAAUCGGCUACACCACUUCCACUGUCACCGAAACGCUUAUUUAUACAAUAAGUUCAUGUCAAGCAACUGUGAAAUCUUGUCCUUACGGGUCGACAACGACGGAAACGAGGAGUCUGGCAACUGUUUUGCCCGUCACUCCAACAGCGCUAGCUCCCCCUCUGACCAAGACGCAAUCGACACAAUACGCUUCCCUUUCUCAAACGAAAACGCAUACCAGCCCAUUGACCUCAUCAGGUUCUUCGUCUACGGUGGCAUCUUCUGCUCCUGCCGGACUUCCAGGCACGAAUACCACGGGCAGCGCCCAGCCAAAAGCCUCCCCAUCCUCCGUGCAGAUCGGAGUCGGUUCUAUUGUAAGAUUGGGGUCGUCAGACGUACUUGUUUGGGGUUUGUUGAGCGUGGCUUUUGCUUUUAUGUUGCUUUAAUUCCUUCUAAUAUUAAAUAAUAUGGACGAUGUGCCUUGUAAUUGUAGUUCAUAAUCUUGGUGUUUCGCAAUUUGCUUUUGUUUGUUUUAGCUUAAGAGUGAAAUAGGAGAGCAGUAGUUGGUUAUCAUUCCAAGCAAUGGCUAAAAUUAUAAUGAAUCGUUAUGACCCC